UCUCUGGCUCUCUCUCUCGCGGAGACUUUGAAUUUUCUCUCUCUUUUGAUAUUCGAGUGGGAGAGAGAAAGAGAGAAAUAUAUAUAUAUAUAUAUAUAUAUAUAUAGAAACCCCCAAUCUACUAUCAUUCGCGUUUCUAAGCUGCCCCUGAAAGAUCGUUUUUUUUAGGGCUUGUCUUCACUGUAAGUCGAUUCCUCGUUUUGGAUAUACAAGUUGAGAGAGAGAGAGAGAGAGAGAGUUGGAGAUACAGAAGGAAGGAAAUCGACAUUUGUGGGGUAUAUCAUGAUGCCUGAUGGGUAUUCCAGUUCCAAGAAGACUGAUGAUAUCCGUGAAGAUGUUUGUGGCCAGCAGGCAGCCUGUGCGGCACUGAGUAUGACUCGACUCCGAUGCAUUCUGCGAGGUGUGGAUUUGAAGACCUAUUUAUUUCUGCUUGUGAUUGUGCCUAUAAGCAUACUUGGUAUCUAUUUCCAGUCUCAGAAGAUUACAUGCUUCCUACGCCCGCUAUGGCAAUCUCCUCCAAAGCCAUUCGUCAAUAUCCCACAUUAUUAUCAUCCAAAUGUUUCGAUGGAGAAUCUUUGCAAACUUCAUGGUUGGGGAAUUCGCAAAUAUCCCAGGCGAGUCUUUGAUGCUGUUGUAUUCAACAAUGAAGUGGAUAUACUUACAAUCAGAUGGAAAGAGUUGGAUCCUUACAUCACACAGUUCAUUCUUCUUGAAUCGAACUCAACAUUUAGUGGCUUGCCCAAGCCAUACUUUUUUGCAACCAAUCGUGACCAGUUCAAAUUCAUGGAGCCUCGGCUGACUUAUGGGACAAUUGGGGGGAGAUUUAGAAAAGGUGAAAACCCAUUUGUUGAAGAAGCUUAUCAAAGAGUUGCAAUAGAUCAGCUCCUUAGAAUAGCAGGUAUACAAGAUGAUGAUUUAUUGAUUAUGUCUGAUGUUGAUGAGAUCCCCAGUGGGCACACAAUCAAUCUCUUGAGGUGGUGUGAUGACAUACCUCCGAUACUUCACCUCCAUCUGAGAAACUACUUGUACUCAUUUGAGUUUCCUUGGGAUCAUAGGAGUUGGAGAGCUACGGUCCAUAGGUAUCGUAUGGGUAAGACUAGAUACGCACACUUUCGUCAGACUGACUACCUCUUGUCAGAUGCGGGGUGGCAUUGUAGCUUUUGUUUUCGCCGUAUCAGUGAAUUUAUAUUCAAAAUGAAAGCUUAUAGCCAUAACGAUCGUGUGAGGUCCCCUCAUUUCCUGAACCCUAAACGAAUCCAAGAUAUAAUUUGCAAAGGGACCGAUCUCUAUGAUAUGCUUCCCGAGGAGUACACGUUUAAGCAGAUCAUUGGGCAGUUGGGACCUAUGACUCAUUCUUAUUCAGCAAUACAUCUUCCUGCAUAUUUGUUGAACAAUGCUGACAAGUACAAGUAUCUUAUGCCUGGUAACUGCAGAAGAGAAAGUGGCUGAGUUUCUAGGGAAUUCUCAAACUUUCUUUUGUGGAUUUUUGAGGUGCUAUUUUUUGUUGCACAGUGGAGGCUCCAUUGGAUUGUUGAUGACACUGGUGCGGUGCUAAUACUAGUAUGUCUUAUUUCGAUCCAACAAAAUCUAGGUCAUUCUUUACAGAGCUUCUUCAAGGAUUUGGUUGGUUUUUGGAUUGAUGCGGUGAAGAUUGUACUUUUGUUUUUCUCUUUCUGGUCUUAGGUCUUAUUCCGGAUGGAGGCACAUGCUCGAGAGCGUGUGGUCGACAAAAGGAUUGAAUGACUUUGGAGCAUCUCUAUGGCUUGAUUUCCAGAUUGUAUUAGAGUAGAAUGACAUUUACUUUGGGAUUUUCUAGCUAGGGAGUCUGUUUCUUUCUUGUUUUCUUUUGACAAACCUAAUUUGUUCGUAUAUACAGCCAACUUAUGGUGUUGUUUAUUUGUACCAUCUAAUUGUUGCUUAUCUUCUAUUAAUUGAGCAAUGAUAUUCGCACUUGACUGACGUUUAGCA